ACUCUCGAAGGAUCAAAACUGAAAAACUCAUUAUAUAUGUCGCGUAAAAAUAAAAACUUCACAGGAAUUCUCCGCCAGACUCCCACUCGUUCCGUAAGAAGCAAAACCAAAUCACACGAAACGAUCAAGAAGCCCUAAUUCAAUUUCAGGAUUAUUGUGACAAACGGUUGAUUUAAGUGUUUGGAGACCUAAAAAUGAGUCAGAAAGGUUUGAUUUACAGCUUCGUUGCUAAAGGAACCAUUGUAUUGGCCGAACAUACAGCGUACUCCGGGAAUGUGAGUACGGUUGCUGUUCAGUGCUUACAGAAGCUUCCGUCUGGUAGCACGAAAUACACGUAUUCGUGUGACGGAUACACCUUCAACUUCUUGCUUGAUAGCGGCUUUGUUUUUCUUGUUGUUGCGGAUGAAUCUGUUGGGAGGAGUGUGCCGUUUGUGUUUCUGGAGAGAGUGAGAGACGACUUCAAGAAACGUUAUGGAGCAAGUAUCGGAAGUGAUCACCCGCUUGCUGAUGACAGUGAUGAUGAUUUGUUUGAAGAUCGGUUUAGUAUUGCUUAUAAUCUUGAUAGGGAAUUCGGGCCAAAGAUAAAGGAGCACAUGGAGUAUUGUUUAAACCAUCCAGAUGAAAUGAGCAAGCUGUCUAAACUGAAGGCUCAAAUUACGGAGGUUAAAGGGAUUAUGAUGGACAACAUUGAGAAGGUUUUGGAUCGUGGCGAGAAGAUUGAAUUAUUGGUUGACAAGACAGAAAACCUUCAGUUCCAGGCUGACAGCUUUCAAAGGCAGGGAAGACAACUAAGGAGGAAGAUGUGGCUGCAGAAUCUUCAGAUGAAGCUGAUGGUUGGUGGAGCCAUUGCUGUUUUCAUCAUCAUUGUCUGGCUCAUGGCUUGUAGGGGAUUCAAAUGUUGAAAGGCUGUUAGGAUCUAGUGUUUGUUGUUUCUUUCUUUUGGAUUCAAGAAAGAACCUUCAUACAUCUUUUUCUAUUGUUUUUUGGUGUAUAAAUCACGUUGCUGUUAUUGUAUAUGCAUUAUGUGUUGAUUUUCUGCAUAAUCGAAA